UUGAUCGGUGAGCUUUUGAAGAUCACAAAGCUUUAUCCCGGGGACGAGCUGGACGAACCCCACGGGCUCUGGGAAUUGUUUUGAGUGGUUCGGAUAAAACAAACACAUGGGAAUCUUCUGGCAUUAUGGAUCGAGCUGUACACAUGCUGUCUGAUCUUCACUGGAUUUAAUAGCGUAAAACAUUUUGGAAUAUAACGCGGAGAGGGUAUCGUAGUCUACAUGCUCGUUUGGAGAACAUUCAGGUAACAUCUACAUAAGUGCAGUACAGGAGGUGUGUGCCCUCUGUGCCAGCGAUGGGGUGGCGAGAACUGACGAUUGACCUGCUGCUGCUACUGCUGCUGGUGGCAUCCCAUCUGGAGGCUGUGAGCUUUCCUGAGGACAACAUCCCUUUAGACGUUGUGGACCAACACUAUGCACGACAGUACCCCGUGUUUCGUGGACGUCCCUCUGGCAACGAAUCUCAGCACAGACUGGACUUUCAGCUCAUGACCAAGAUACACGAUACGCUUUUCAUCGCGGGCAGGGACCAGGUGUAUUUAGUGAGUCUGAGAGAGUCCUACAGGAACGAGAUUAUUCCAUACAGGAAGCUGACGUGGCGGUCGGGACAGGCGGACAGGGAAACGUGCGCCAUGAAGGGAAAGCACAGAGACGAGUGCCAUAAUUUCAUUAAAGUCCUGGUUCCAAGAAACGAUGAUCUUGUGUUCAUCUGCGGAACAAAUGGUUUCAACCCCAUGUGCCGUUACUACAGGUUGGAUAACUUGGAGUUUGAUGGGGAAGAGAUCAGCGGUUUGGCCCGAUGCCCGUUUGACGCCAAGCAGACGAACGUUGCCCUGUUUGCUGAUGGUAAGCUGUACUCAGCAACAGUGGCAGACUUCCUGGCCAGCGAUGCUGUGAUUUACCGCAGCAUGGGAGAUGGUUCUGCCCUUCGCACCAUCAAGUAUGACUCCAAGUGGUUAAAAGAGCCACACUUUCUCCAUGCCGUGGAUUAUGGGGAUUUUGUUUACUUUUUUUUCAGAGAAAUCGCAGCCGAGCACAACAACUUGGGAAAGGCGGUUUACUCCAGAGUGGCUCGGAUCUGUAAAAAUGACAUGGGAGGGUCUCAGCGGGUGCUGGAAAAACACUGGACAUCUUUUGUUAAGGCUCGCCUGAACUGUUCCGUUCCUGGAGAAUCGUUUUUCUACUUUGACGUCCUUCAGGCUAUUACGGACAUCAUCAACAUUAAUGGGGUGCCUUCUGUGGUUGGAGUUUUCACCACCCAGUUGAACAGUAUCCCUGGCUCUGCGGUGUGUGCGUUCUCCAUGGCAGACAUCGAGAAAGCAUUCCGUGGCCGUUUCAAAGAGCAAAAGACGCCAGAUUCAGUGUGGACACCAUUUCCAGAGGAGAAGCUGCCCAAGCCCAGACCCGGCUGCUGUGCGGGACACGGUUCAGCAGAGUCUUACAAAACCUCCAUCGAGUUUCCAGACGAGACCCUUCAGUUCAUCAAGUCACACCCACUCAUGGACGCCUCAGUCCCCUCCAUUGGAGACGAACCGUGGUUCACCAAAACAAGAGUCAGGUACAGGCUCACGGCACUCGCCGUUGAUAACAGCGCAGGACCCCACAAGAAUUACACAGUGGUUUUCAUUGGCUCUGAGGCAGGCAUCGUGCUAAAAGUUCUGGCCAAGACAUCCCCACUGUCUUUGAAUGACAGCGUCCUACUGGAGGAGAUUGACGUUUUCAACCAAGCCAAGUGUUUAUCCAGCAAUGAGGACGAUCGGCGAAUUCUGUCUUUCCACCUAGAUAAAGACACCCACACACUCUAUGUGGCCUUUUCCAGCUGUGUGGUCAGAAUACCACUCAGCCGCUGUGAACGACACAGUUCCUGUCAAAAGUCUUGCAUUGCUUCUAGAGACCCAUACUGUGGCUGGAUGUCACAUGGAGCUUGUGAGCGUAUUCCUGCAGCUAUGCAAACUGGUUAUGAGCAAGAUGUUGAAUAUGGCAACACAGCUCACCUCGGCGAUUGUCAUGAAUUUUUGGCCACUACAUCAGCGCCAGAUUUCAAAUCAUAUGGCGACCCAACCUCUGACAUGGAGUUGCCAUCAUCGUCAGUCACAGUGCCCGCGACCUCUGAACCCAUACAAUCACCCCAAACCAUCCCCACUCAGAUACCCCAACUCUUUGGCUCACGGAAAUUUGUGCUCCAUGAUGACCCAGCCACUUCACAUUCUGUUGAGCAUAUACCAGGUGUGCUGGAGGGUGUGUGGGAAAUACAAGCAGGUGAAUCUAACCAGAUGGUGCACAUGAAUAUCCUUAUCUCCUGUGUGUUAGCUGCAUUUCUGCUUGGUGCAUUCAUCGCUGGCAUGGUCGUUUACUGCUAUAGAGAUGCCUUCCUUCGCACUCCACGCAAGAUCCAAAAAGAUGCAGAGUCAGCACAGUCUUGCACUGAUUCCACUGGUAGCUUUGCCAAGCUUAACGGUCUGUUCGACAGUCCUGUGAAAGAGUACCAACCAACUAUGGAUACUCCCAAACUUUACACCAACCUGUUGAGCAAUGGGAGGGAGGUGCCAACCACCGGAGACACAAAGACGAUGCUCCUGAGUGGACAGCCACCAGAACUAGCAGCACUGCCUACACCCGAGUCCACACCUGUGCUUCAACAGAAGAGCCUUCAGCCAAUUAAAAACCAAUGGGAGAGAGCUCAUGGAAAGAUAAGUGGCUCCCGCAAAGAUGGGCCACCCAACAGCCCGCAGUACCUUCCCUCCAGUCCCCCUCCCCAUUCUACCAUCAGCAACCCCCAAAUCCCCAGUGCCGUGGUACUGCCCAAUGCCACACAUGAGAACAAGGCAUCCUUCAGUACUCCUGAAGGGCCUCAAGCAGAAAAGAAGAUCCAGAAUAGUGAUCAACAUGGUUCCAAAUCUGGCCGUAAAGACCAGCGGCGCACUGUGGAUGCCAGGAACACGCUGAAUGACCUCUUGAAGCAUCUGAAUGAUAGCAACCCAAAGGCCAUCAUGGUGGAGAUGCCCAAAUCCCGACAGCACCUGAUGCUGGAACCCAUUGUAAGCCCAACAGAGAUUCCCCCCAAAGUCCCAAGCCGAGAGGCCUCCUUGUACUCUCCCUCUUCCUCUCUGCCCAGGAAUAGUCCGACCAAGAGACUGGAUGUCCCGACUACACCAACAUCGCCCACAGGGCAGAUGGGAACUCUCGAGAGACAACGGUAUCACCGUAGCUCAUCCCAGCGACACUCCAUAUCCUCGCCGCCCAAAGGGCUGCACUCACCUAGCGGGGCCAUAGUGUCCCGGCAACCUAAUAUGAACAGGGGUGGGUACAUGCCCCCAACUCCUACCCCACCCACUAGACUAGACUCUCACGGGGUACCAAUGGCUAUGACACCUUCUGUAUCCCGGCAGAGCAGCUACAGUGGUCAUGGAUCUUUACCACGAACGUCCAUCAAACGGACACCAUCGUUAAAGCCCGAUGUGCCCCCCAAACCCAAUGGUUUUGCACCACAGACUGCACAAAUGAGGGCAGUGAACAAGUAUAGCUACUGAAAUGCUUAGCAGGAUCUUACUCGAUGAAUGGACAGUGGGAGUAAAUGCGUUUGGCCCACAGAGAUAUGGCGUGCCAGUCUGCGUUCCCUAUGAAGGGAAAUGAAUUGGAUGGCAGAGCUUCUGUUUCGGGUAGUUGUGCCUGGUUCUCAAUGACGUUGUCCUGUCACGCUUCAGUGGCAGGUGACGAAUUCUGAUCUUUAAGGCGGCAGGGACGCCUGAGGUCAUGGGUCACAGCUGACAUGCAGCAUAAAGCAGCUGCGUAGUUGCUGCGGCGAUGGGGCAGCGUAUGCUCCCCUAUGCACUGUUCUCCCCGUCAAUGUGAACUGUUUUUGUUAGACUGUUUGGAAAAUAUGAUAUUCUUGCUUGGAUAUCGCUCCAGAAGACAGGCAGAGUGAAAGGGACAAGUUGCGUGUCUGUGUUUGAUUAGUCUCUGGGGCAAACCAGUGUGCAUUCAUUGACCAUGUUUUUUUUUCAGUAAACUGAGAACAAGCUUGAGUCAUCGCUGUCAUAAAACUAAAUCCCAUUUAUGGUGCAUUAACAUCAGAUGUGUUUGGACACAGAAUCCAGACAUUAAUUAAUCAUUUCUGUGUGCAAAAGAAAUGUCCAAGGCUCCUGCUUGGACUACUGAUUUUAAAACUCACAGGGUAAAAGUACCCUCAACAUUUGUGCUGCUAAGUGUAGACGAUGACAAUGUUUAACAGACUCCAGUGUGCAUUCUAUGCAGCGGUUCUGUGUGCCAAGCUGCGUCAAGCUUUUAAACCCACAGGCUCAGCACAGGAUCACACUGGUAAAAUGUACAAUGUUCUCUUUGGUCAUUUUUAGUUCCAGAAAAUCACUGGGAAUCCUGUAAUCCCAUAAAGUCAACUUUCAACUAUGACGUAAGGCAGAUCAUUGAUCAACCUCUCUCCUUUCCUACAUGCCAAGCAAGCACUGCUGUUGGGUCUGUGAAGUUCAAGACAAUUUUUGUCUCCUUUUACAUUCUUGAAUUCUUACAUUCUUUGCAGUUUACACCAUUUCAGAGAGCUUGCUUUUUGGUUCCUGGGCAAAGUAUUACAUAAAACUGCAAACAGCACAUUCGUUACUAUAAACCACUACUCAACUCUGUGGUAAAACCCAACCUCAGCUCCAUACUAGACCCUAUCUGAGAGUUGCGCUUCACUUUGCUUGUUUAAAAGAACAGAGGCCUCAUUUGCAUACUCACUAUAAGUGUACAAUCACUGCAAUACCUACCAGUGUGUCUUGCAGAGUCGUGCCAGUGAUAGCGUUAUUGUAAAUAUACAACUAUUUAAGUGUGGACAUUUUCAAGGCAAGUUUACCUGGAUCCUUGUAUUUGUGUGCCUUAUUAAAGUCAUGAGAGCGCAGUUUGGUUUGGGACAUUUCACUAUCAUCAGACAAAUAAUUUUUGGUUGGAUAUGAGCAGGGAGGCUACCUAAGGGUGAAAUUUUAGGAAUCGAUCAUUGCAAAACCCAUAAUGAUUGUCCAGUAAUUUGAAAAAUUGGAGUGGGGGCAGGUGCAUCCCCUCAAUAUUUGCAGUGGCUACGGCCCUGGAUGGGCAGACCAUGAUAUGGUUGGACCUUCCGAAUGACCUUUCUUUUAGAGAAAUGAGAUUUAGAAAAAAAGAUUAUAAUAAUUACUUGGCCAUUUUCUUAUUGCCAUUUUAUUUUUAUGCAUUUCUGGAAGGUGCUAAUUUGCGAUGAUGAGAUGCCAUGCAAUGAAUGUAUUAUGAAUCUAAAAUGUAUAUCACCUAACUCACAAUAUUUCACAACAUUUAAUGGGGUCAAAUCGAGAUGUGCUUUUAUAGUGGGUAAUCUACGAUUAGAGACUCACAUUUUUUUUAAUAACUUGUGAAUUUCAGCAUAUUGAGGGGAAACUUGCCUGUUCAAUCCCAAAGCUUCAUGUUUGUUUACAUGUUCUGAUUGUAUUAGAGCAGCUGAGCAGAGGCUGGUGCAUCAUCACCUGCUAAAGAUCAGUUUUAUUAAAGGAGAGAGAGUUGAUCCUGUGCUCUGGUUCAAGUUGUCCUGUGUUGAGCUGCCUUGUAUAUUGCAAUAUAAAUCUGCAAUCUGACUUCAAGCCUUUACUGUUCAGUCAAUACUCUACGUGCAAAGAAACCAGACUGGUCUACCUUUUAUUUUUAAUACUGUGCAAACAUUGGCAGUUGAAAUACAGCUUUUCCUUUCUGGAAUAUUUUAAUGUGUAGAUAUUGUAAAGCUGUACUGUGAAAGUGUAAAUAAUUACAGUCAUUGUUUAAGAAUAUUUUUGUUGACUUUUUUUAACACGGCAUGUAUAGUUGAAAUAAAAUAUUACUGCACAGAAAAUGAUUUCUUUCCUUCUUUGAUAAUAAAGAAUCAAAUCCCUGAUGGCAAACUUGUCGUGACUGCACU